AUGGCGGAACCAAGUAAAGAAAUUCCAACUGACCCCGCCAUCGCAGCUGGAGGCGCCCCACCUACCGGUGAAGACCCCGCACAACCCUCUAAGAAAGGAGCCAAAAAAGCAGAAGCCAAAGCCAAGAAGGAAGCAGAAAAGGCACGCAAAGCCGCCGAGCAAGCUGCUAAACAAGCUGCCGCUGGAUCUGCUGCUGCUGAGGAUCUUGCGAAAGAUGAUUAUGGACAAAUUAAACACACCACUAAGAUCGAAGCCGAAAGUGUACAUCUGAGGGAGAUUGGAGAACAACAUAUUGGCAAGACAAUCAAGGUUCGUGCAUGGAUUCAGAAUGCAAGAAUGCAAGGAGCGAAGAUGGCGUUUGUGGAGUUGAGAGAGGAGGGUAACUGGACAGUCCAGGGAGUUGUGAGUGCCAGCGCGGAGGGCAAGCCGGUCAGCAAACAAAUGGUCAAGUGGAUUGGAGGGUUAAAGCUGGAGAGUUUUGUUGCCGUUGAGGCUGUUGUACAGAAGCCAUUGGAGCCUGUUAAGAGCACAAAGGUUUCGAACUUCGAAUUACAUCUUGGAAAGGUAUACUUGGUAGCUACUGCGCCCGAGAUGUUGGGAUUGGGAUUGGGACCAGCGAGCAGAGCUGUAGGGAAGUUGGAUGAGGAAGAAGAUCUUAGUGAAGCUGCUGCCGGUCUCAGUGUCACAGAAGGCACUCCAACAGCCAGUCUGGCCUCUCACCUUAACAACCCCGCUAUGCACAAACGAGCACCUGUCAGCCAAGCUAUCGCUGAUAUCCGGAUCGCUGUCGAGGACUACUUUUGCGACUAUCUGAGAAGCCAUCGUUUCAAGAAAUUUCAUCCUCCUUGUUUGAUCGGAGCUGCUUCCGAAGGCGGUGCAAACGUUUUCAGAAUGCCAUACUUCGACAAAGAAGCUUAUCUCGCCCAAUCCCCACAAUUUUACAAACAAUUUGAAAUCGCCGGAGGCCGAAAGAGAGUCUACUGUGUUGGACCUGUUUUCCGUGCAGAGAAUUCGAAUACUCCAAGACACAUGACUGAGUUCAUUGGUCUUGAUUUGGAGAUGGAAAUUGAUGAACAUUAUCACGAAGUCUUGCACAUGCUCGAAGGUGUUCUUCUUUUCAUUUUCCGCAACCUUGCCGAGAACUACCGCGAAGAAAUUGAGCUUAUCCGCUCAAUUUACCCAUCCGAAGAGUUCCUUCUCCCCGAACCUGGCAAGGAAGUCCGUCUUACUUUUGCCGAAGGUCAAAAGCUCCUUCGUGAAGAAGGGCCCGAAGAAUUCAGAAACGUCACCGACACCGAAGAUAUGAGCACACCUCAAGAAAAGGCUCUCGGAGCACUCGUUCGUAAGAAGUUUAAUACUGAUUUCUAUGUCCUUGACAAAUUCCCAGUCGAUGCUCGUCCAUUCUACGCGAUGCCAGAUCCCGAAAACCCUGCCGUCACCAACGCAUAUGACUUCAUGAUGCGUGGACAAGAAAUUCUGAGCGGUGGUCAGAGAUUACAUUUACCAGAGCAACUGGAGGAGGUGAUCAGAUCGAAGGGCUUGGACCCCAACCAACCAGGUAUCAAAGAAUAUGUAGAUGUUUUCAAGAGUGUCGGUGUGCCUCCUCACGGUGGUGGAGGAAUUGGUCUGGAUAGAGUUGUGGCUUGGUAUUUGAAUUUGCCGAGUGUGCAUUUGGUUUGCGAUUACCCAAGAACACCAAAGAGAUUAAGUCCUUAG